GAGAUGUAAUAGAGGGCCACAUGAUCCAUUGUGUAACAUCAAUAGAUCGAGUGUUUGCACUCAUUUAAGUUUGUUACGGCAGGAAAGAGGGAUGUGAGACACGGGCAAAAUGCUCCUGAGAGAGAAAAGAGGAAGCUGGGAGUUUCAACCUGAGGAGAGCAGAGAUCAUCGCUCUGAGGAGUUUUCAGCCAGCUUGGCCCAAACAAAGCCCAAUGGGCAGAAAGAGGACUGUUUUAUGUCGUUCUGAAGAUAUGAUGGGAGACAGCUGGAGGCAACACAGAAAGCAUGUGUUUGUGCUGAGUGAGGCAGGGAAGCCCAUCUACACGCGCUAUGGAAGUGCAGAAGCUCUCUCCUUCACGAUGGGUGUCAUGAUGGCGCUAGUCUCUUUCAUUCAGGCUGGAGGCAACACUAUCCAGUCUAUUUUUUCAGAUGAGCGAACGAUUGUCUUCCUUCAGAAGGGGCCGUUGGUGUUGGUGUCCGUGUCUAACAGUCGUCAAUCCGAACAGCAGCUCUGUAGCGAGUUGCUCCAUGUUUACCAUCAGAUCGUCAGCAUGCUUACCCAGGCUUGCAUAAACCGCAUCUUUGAACACAGCAAGAACUACGACCUGCUGCGUCUGCUGUUCGGCUCAGAGAAGGUUCUGGACAGUCUUCUCGACGUCAUGGAUUCUGAGCCCAGCUUCAUGCUCUCCGCCGUCCAGUGUCUGCCUCUGGCGUCCUCUUCGAGAGACGUUCUGAGUCGCAUCCUUCAGAAAUCCGGCACCAAGAAACUGGUUUUCUCCAUUCUUAUCACCAAUAACCUGCUUGUCUCUAUCAUUCAGGAGAAAAUGGUUCUGGAGGAUGCUAGGUUAAAACCGACAGACCUCCACCUCCUCUUCAACCUCACCAGGGCUUCCUUUGCUUUCCAGGCCGGAGAGAUAUGGACGCCCGGCUGCCUGCCCUUGUUCGAUCAUGACUGCUCCUUUAAUGCCUAUGUGUCAUAUCUUGACCCUCCUGAAUGUUGCGUCUGUCUCGUACUUUUGUCUACAGAUAAGGAAGCAUUUUAUGCAUUGGCAGAGUGCAAGAAGACAAUUGAGGAGGCUGACGGCCAGAAUGCUUUGCAGUGUGUGGCAAACACUCAGACGUACUGUGUUAACAAUAUCGGUGUGGCUAAUCUAAAACACUUAGAACAAUGUAGUCAACUCCCACAGUUCAUAUGUCCAGAGAUGGAAUACAAAACCCAGGAGGAGAAGACACAUCUACUGGAUCUGUAUCGCAACAUGCACAGAAGGAUCCACAGUGGCUCACGGCCUUUGAAACUAAUUUACCAUUCGACAGACAGAGAAACACUGCUGGCAUGGGUUACUAGUAAGUUUGAGCUGUACGCUUGCUUUUCUCCAUUGGUCACUAAGAAAUCCGCGAUCACUGAAGUCACCAAACUGCUGCGAUGGAUUAGGAAGGAAGAGGACCGUCUCCAUAUCUGCUCCCUGCCAAAAUACUCCAACACGUCUCAAGCAGGCAGAAGUACAACAUAGAGACAGUAGCUGACUGUCUUUUCAUAGCCUCCUGAAAUCAUGAUCACAUAAUAAACAUACUGGACACAAACCAGCUGUUGUUUUACUUCCAUAUUUGAUAGUUUCGUGUUAUACUGUAAGUCAAUAUUUAAAUCCUCUUUGCUUCUGUAAGAGGGAUUAUUGAGCUGACAUGCAAAUAUGGCAUGCGGGUAUUUUUUAUAAUUCAUCUGGCAAUAUCACUUCCUUGUUUGUUGGCUUGUGUCCAUGAUGAUUUUUAGGUAAUUCUGUUCAGGUAUUGUAUAUUUUAAGUACAUCUGAAUACUUUGGCUAUACAAAAUACACUCACCUAAAUGAUUAUGGAACACCUGUUCAAUUUCUCAUUAAUGCAAUUAUCUAAUCAACCAAUCACAUGGCAGUUGCUUCAAUGCAUUUAGGGGUGUGGUCCUGGUCAAGACAAUCUCCUGAACUCCAAACUGAAUGUCAGAAUGGGAAAGAAAGGUGAUUUAAGCAAU